UUGACGUCAGAGUGCUUUAACGUUAAGAUACAUGGCGACGUGUCAUCGUCCAUCUAACUAAUGACGAUUGGGUAAAAUGGCACAUGAAGCUUUUAAUUUUCCAGCAAGAUGAUACCCGGACGUACGCCCCCCUCCAAUUAGUUUCUGGUUCGCCGCAAACUGAACUGUUAAAGACGAACUAGCAACUUGUUAGCCGGCUAGCAACAGGGAGCCUCCCAGCACUGUGAUGGCUAACAAACGUUAGCUACACCAUCUCGCUGUGCCAUUCAAUUUUGCUGUUGUCAACAAUCACUAUUUAUCGAGACUCGGCUGCAGCUAGCUGCCUCUAUUGUUUACAUGGAUGCGGUCAGCUGAGGUCCUCUGUGGCCAUGUGCUGGUUGUAACAAUACUGGAUCAACUACAUUGAUGAUAUAGGAAUGGAGCUUGGAGGUAGCUAACCUUUGUUGACAACCUACUGUCUACAAAAAAUGAGGAUGAUCUGGGCUCUGGAGGGAGACAGCUGUGUCUGCUGGACUGUUUGACUUUGUGUGGGAGGUGGACAAAGGACAGAGGGUUGUCUGUCCAUAUCAAAGCCUAACCUGAGGAGAGACCACAUGGAGAGAACAGGGAUAAAACCGAGCAGGGGGGUGGUCCAUUCCUAUGGAUCCAAAAUGAUGACAGUAAUACUUCUGAUCAGCUGUCUUUUUGCCGGGGCGAAAUGCCAAGAGAACCAGAGCAUGACACCAGAGGAGAAAAUAGUAAUCAGGGACCAGAUAGUUGAAAUGUUCGAUCACGCCUAUGGCAGUUACAUGAAAUAUGCCUACCCAGCAGAUGAGCUGAUGCCUCUGAGCUGUAGAGGGAGAGUUCGAGGCCAGGAGCCCAACAGAGGGGACAUAGAUGACUCUUUGGGGAAGUUUUCUCUCACGCUGAUUGACACUCUCGACACCCUGGUGGUGCUAAAUAAGCUUGAUGAAUUUGAGGAUGCAGUGAGGAAAGCUGUGAAGGAUGUUCGCCUUGACAACGAUGUGGUGGUGUCUGUGUUUGAGACCAACAUCAGGGUACUAGGAGGGCUCCUAGGAGGUCAUGUGAUGGCUGACCUGCUACGGCAGCGAGGGGAGAGGAUGCAGUGGUAUCAGGAUGAGCUCCUCCACAUGGCCAAAGAACUGGGCCAUCGAUUACUGCCUGCCUUUAACACCACAAGUGGCCUUCCUUACCCUAAGGUAAAUCUGAGGUAUGGAGUCCUGAAUCCUCUGUCACGUACAGGCACGGAGUCGGACACCUGUACAGCCUGUGCUGGAACAAUGAUCCUGGAGUUUGCUGCCCUCAGCAGACUGUCAGGAGAGUCUGUGUUUGAGGAAUAUGCAAGAAAGGCUCUAGACGUCCUGUGGGACAGGAGGCAGAGAGGGAGUGAUCUGGUGGGGACUGUGAUAAACAUCCAUAAUGAAGAAUGGGUCAGGAGAGACAGUGGUGUUGGUGCAGGGAUCGACUCGUACUAUGAAUAUCUGAUGAAGGCCUACAUUCUUCUUGGAGACAAUGUUUUUCUGGAAAGGUUUAACAUUCACUACAGUGCCAUUAUGAAGUACAUCAGUAAGCCUCCCCUGCUGCUCAAUGUGCACAUGCACAACCCCACUGUGAGUGUGCGCAGCUGGAUGGACUCUCUCCUGGCAUUCUUCCCUGGCUUACAGGUUUUGAGAGGAGAUCUGAAACCAGCUAUUGAGACUCAUGAAAUGCUUUACCAGGUCACCAAACAGCACAAAUUUCUUCCAGAGGCUUUCACCACAGAAUUUAGAGUUCAUUGGGGCCAACACUUACUGAGACCAGAGUUUGCAGAAAGCACCUACUACCUCUAUAAGGCAACUGGCGACCCGUACUACCUCAGAGUGGGACAGUCCAUUGUGGAGAAGCUCAAUGCCUACGCCAGGGUGCCUUGCGGGUUUGCUGCUGUCCAAGACGUCCGCACUGGGACGCAUGAAGACAGGAUGGACUCGUUCUUUCUGGCUGAGAUGUUUAAAUAUCUGUACCUGCUGUUUUCUGAGAAGACAGAGCUUCCAAUCGAUAUUGAUGACUACAUCUUCACCACAGAGGCUCACCUUCUCCCUGUGUCUUUGUCCACCACCAAGCCAUCCUGUCUGGGCAAUGACACAGUGAGAGAUCUCACUUUGUCACAAACACAGGAGACCAUUCCUGCUUCUCAAGAUGAAGAUCCAUUUACACACUCCUGUCCCAGCUUAGAGACAUUGUUUCCAAAUAACCCUUCCUUUGCCAAAACCAUCCGGGAUGGCUACAAGUACCUCACUGGGGUGGGACGAGCCUUCCACCCUUUACCUGUCAGGGAAAUAGAACUUCCACUCCAUGAUAAUGGCAUGGAGCCGGUGGAGUUCCUGAAAAGCAUGGGCAUUUCUCUGACUCCACUGAAUGAAGUUAUGGCUGGAGAAAGCAGAAGUCAUAAGGAGCAUAAAGGAGUGUACCGGGUAAAACUUGUGGCAGAGCUGAGUCAGACUCCAGAGGAGGAAGAGGUGGUGCCUCAUGUUGUUCAGCUCAUAUCACCCCCAUUUCUGGGCAGGACGGUCCUCACAGCGGGCCCUGCCAAAUUUGGGAUGGACCUCACUAAGGAGGAACAUGGGGUAAAAGGCAGCAUAUUGAAAGCCUCUCCUUACACUGCAUGUGGACCAAUAGAUAAUGCUGAGGAGCUUAAAGGCCAUAUUGCUCUGGCGCUGCGUGGUGACUGCAUGUUUGCUGCAAAGGCUCGUCGUCUGCAGGAGGCUGGAGCCAUAGGAGUCAUCUUUAUAGACCACCGAGAGGGCAGUAAUAGUGAGGAAACCCCACUCUUCCAGAUGGUCGGAGAUGGCGACUCCACUGAGGACAUCACCCUUCCUUUGGUGUUUGUGUUCAGCCGUGAGGGUGCCAUGCUCACAGCUGCACUGGAGGAUCAUCAGAAUGUGGAUGUGCUGCUGCUGCCAAAGGAGAGGCAGCUAGGACACGAUAAGAGAGAAAAACCUGUCGGCAUGAACAUCAAAUUCCGUCUGGCUGAGGAGGGAGAACUGGAGGAUGAAGCAACCAGAGGGCCCACUUUAGAGUUUGUUUUGGAGAAAGAACAGCUGCUUCUGAAGGAGGCGGAUGAAGAAGAAGGGCCCAGGGAACAGCAACAGGAAGUCUGCAGCAGGGCAGCAAAGGAUGACAGAACUGAACCGUGUUCAUUUCCCACUACAAACUCAAACUGUGGAGCAGACACGAGCCCUUGACCACUGCUGAUCCCUCCUUAGUUUCUGAAUGGCCGAAGAGUCCCUCACUGCCCCACACAGAGCCCUAACAGACCCAGCCUGCAUGCUAGCGACUGAUAGAGAAGAGCUCAGCAGAGAUGGGGACACUUGUCUUGACUAUGAAACCUGUAUUUAUUAGACAGAAUCAAAGUCCGAAUAGGGGAUCCCGUAAAACUUCAGUAGGUAGUUGGGGGCAGUGAGCUGUAGGUUAAGAGGGAUGCCCUUGUGCUAAUCCCAUAGAGUUGCUGUUGUAGGCACAUAUGAGGUGGAAAAAAUGACAUAGACUAGACAUUAAAUAUUACCUCAACUCAGAGGAAAAAUCAGAUAAGGCAAAAACAUACUCAGCUAGUUCUUUUAAUGCUUUUAUGUGGAUUACACUUUCUCACUACAACAAUCUACUGUAAAAUGUUUAGUUACGGUUAAUGGAAGAUUUUCUGGCCAGUAGGGGGAGUUAGGUCCCGUACCAUGUAACAUUUUAAGAUGAAGGAGAUCAACUGGGGCCAAUUUAGACUUUUGUUUUGUACAAAUAAGCAACUUCAGGGAUUUUAAAGUGUGAAUGCAGUUUGAUAGGGUGAUAAGUUUGAUCAAAUGUGUGUUUGUGUCUGUUCUGCAUUUACAUUUUGCUAUUAUGUGAGAAUGUUGAUGUGUGAGUGGAGGGUGUGUAACAACUAUAAUACUAAAAAGAAUUUUGGCUUAAACAUCGCUCUUAUUAAAUUAAAUCUUCCCUUCUUUACAGCUUCAGCAUGCAGGGAAUUCAACAAAAAACAUCUUGAGGGUAACCACAAUCAGCCAUUAAGAAAUAACCUCAAAAAAUUUAGGCUGUUUUGAAAGUGUCUCUGGCCAUGUUUACAUGAAAACAAUCAAAGUUUCAAAGCAGUUCCAUGUAUAGACAGCAUUUUAUAACAGCUGGUAUACACAUGGAUCUGCUAAAAUGAUUUAAAUACCCUGUAGUGAUCCAGUGUUCUCAUUUUCAAUAAGGCACGUUAAAUUAAAUAUGGCAACAAACUCUAAA